CUAAAAUCUAAAAAUUUUGAUAUAAAAAAAAAACUUGAAAAAAUUGUUGGUAAAGAUUUAGCAACUAUAGUUAAUUCAAUAGGAAAAGCAAAAAGAUUAAAUGAAGUAUUCGGUGAUCAAUUUACAAAACAUGUUUCUAUUUCAAUUUCAGCUUUACGUAAAUCUAAUAUUGAUAAUCUUAUUAA